CACCAAUCAACGAGGGUACACGUGGAAUGAACAUUGAUGCCAUUGGUACGCCAGAAGCCCUUCCAACUUUGCCGAGAAGCAUACAGAUGGGGCCGUGCCCGCUCAGCACCAGAUUUGCCACGUCAUCCAAGCACUCUAGGAUCCUCACAUACUGGCGGCUCUUGGCAGCAGCAGGGGAUGGGAGGGGAUGGGAGGGGAGGGGAUGGGAGUUGAGAGGAGGGGAGAGGAGGGGAGAGGAGGGGAGAGGAGGGGAGAGGAGGGGAGAGGAGGGGAGAGGAGGGGAGAGGAGGGGAGAGGAGGGGAGAGGAGGGGAGAGGAGGGGAGAGGAGGGGAGAGGAGGGGAGAGGAGGGGAGAGGAGGGGAGAGGAGGGGAGAGGAGGGGAGAGGAGGGGAGAGGAGGGGAGAGGAGGGGAGAGGAGGGGAGAGGAGAGGAGGGGAGAGGAGGGGAGAGGAGGGGAGAGGAGGGGAGAGGAGGGGAGAGGAGGGGAGAGGAGGGGAGAGGAGGGGAUGCAGACAACCACUCUCACAUACGUGUCUGAAGCCUAGGAGCAAGGACAGGAGAUUGGAGCAAGGGCAGAGGAUGGAGCCCACCCUCUUUCACCUCCUCUCCUCUCCCCUUCCUUCCUUUCCCCCAGCAGCAUCAUACCUCAAGUCAAGGAAGGUGCGGUUUCCACCCUCACCUCCCCUUCCUUGGAGCACGGGCAACAGCAUGGUCCCCAGCCCCCCUCUCACCUCCCCUCCUCUCCCUGUCCCCUUCCCCCAGCAGCAUCACGGGAGGAGGAGGGGGCGGGAGCAUAGGAGAAGCAUACAGCCCACUCCCUUAGGGGCAGCACCCUCUGUGGUUCCCGCCUUGUGGAUCGGGUGUGGUCAGUGGAAAGUGUGUGGCACGGCAGUCGUUCCUCAAGUACCAACACUGGCGUAUCGUAUAAUGGAACCGGCCAGAGCCGUGCGCGCCGGCUCUGGUUGGGAGUCCCCUCCUACGACGCUUUCGUACGCGGGAUUUGAGUC